AUGUGCGGGAUAUCGGUAAGAAUUUCACUUCGCCCCUCCGAUGGCUCAGAUGCACCUAAGAAACCCGAUGUGGAAAGCAUCAAAGGCCAAUUGGAUAGGUCCCUUGACCUGAUUGCGCAUAGGGGGCCGGAUUCAAAGGGGAUCUGGGUCAGCGACGACGGCAGUGUUGGUGAGAUUUUUUUUUCUUUGUUUCCUUCAGAAAAUAGCGCUAAAUCGUGUAUUGUAGGAUUGGGACAUUGUCGCCUGUCGAUCGAAGAUCUCUCGGAUAUGGGAAACCAGCCCCUCCACAGCGACGAUGGCGGGGUCCACGCUGUCAUCAAUGGGGAGAUCUAUGAUCAUGAAAGAAUCCGCGCUGAGUUAGAACAGAAUCACGGAUAUCACUUCAAGGGUCAUAGUGACUCCGAAGUGGUUGUGGCCUUAUAUACAGUGUAUGGAGCCCCAGCAUUCCUUGAUCACUUGCGGGGCGAAUUCUCCCUUGUGAUAUACGACCAACGCCAGGGUCGAAUCAUCGCUACACGAGAUCGGUUCGGAAUCAAGCCACUAUUCUGGACCAUCAUUGACCAGGAAGAUGAACGAGUUCUCCUGUUUGCGACUGAAAUGAAAACAUUCCUCGCGAUGGGCUGGAAGCCUAAAUGGGAUGUGCAAUCGGCGUUCCAAGCGGGCUGGCUCAUUGAUGAUCGGAGUCUAUUCAAGGGCGUGAAGAAGCUGAUGCCUGGAUAUUGGAUGGAAAUAACAUUGCUAGACGGUCAACUACGCCGUCACCUGUACUGGGAUUCAGAUUAUAAUGACAAACGACAAGUUGAAAUCCGCACUGUUGAGGAGAUGAUUGAGGGUGUCCGCGAAAAGCUCACCGAGGCGAUCCGCCUACGUCUACGAGCCGACGUCCCCGUUGGUAUCUACCUCUCAGGGGGCAUCGACUCCUCCCUUAUUGCGGGCAUUGUAGCGAAAUUGGCUCGGGAAGAGAAUGUUACGCUUGGCAGCAAGAAAGAGCAAGUCACUUGUUUUAGCAUUGAGUUUCCUAACUCACCUUUUGAUGAAUUUGAUGUUGCCAAACGCACAGCGGAUUGGCUCGGAGUUGACAUAGUCAAGUGCAAAGCAGACGAGGCAGCCUUUGCAGAGCACUUCGAAAAUGCAGUUUACCACUGUGAAUAUCAAACCUUCGACUUAGGCCCUACCGGGAAAACAAUGCUGUCUUCCAUCCCGCGGGAGGCCGGUUUCAAAGUUGUUUUGACAGGAGAGGGCUCGGAUGAACACUUUGCUGGGUAUCCGUUCACACCACGAGACUUUCUACUCGAGCCUGAUCUCUCUUGGCCGACUUCAACAUUGGCUCAAGACACUGAGCGUCUCAAUCAGAUACAAAGAGCUGCUGCAGAGCUUUUCGAUCGCCAAAUCGCUGCUUUAGGCGUCAAAGGUGAUGCGUUUAGAUGGGACGAGACCUCCCAGGUUUACCAUCAGGCCAACCGAGUCUACAUGCCCAAUACUCUUCUGGGUCUGUCUGGUGCAACGUUCCCAAUAUGGGCGCCCUGGGUGGUCGAAAAAUGGUCUGGGCUUGAUCUUCGGGAGACAGUGAUUCGAGCUAUGUCUCCCACGGCGCGCGAGAAGAUCUUGAACCAGUGGCAUCCUCUGCAUACAUCCUUGUAUAUCACUACAAAGGCAUUUCUGAACAACUACAUCCUGGUCUCUUUGGGCGAUCGAACGGAGAUGGCGCACAGCAUCGAAGCGCGUCCUCCAUUCCUCGACCACAACUUUGUCGAAUAUGUCAAUCGACUUCCGCCCAGUCUUAAGCUCCGAUGCACUUCUGACCUGGAUUCUAAUGCAGACCAGCAGGAGCCGCAGUUUAUCGAAAAAUGGAUCCUACGUGAGGCCGGAAAACCGUUUAUUCCAGAGGAAAUCUACAACCGCAGAAAACAGCCAUACAUGGCCCCUGUCAAAUGGCCGCUUAACGGACCACUCCACCAAAUGUUCCAAAGACUGUGCACCAAAGAAGCGGUUGAAAAUCUUGGGUUUGUGGACUGGGCCCCGGUCGAACGGGCGCUGCAACAUGCGUUCGGACCCGACGCGGAGCAGGGACCAUUCCGGUUACUCAUUUGUGUCGCGGGCUGGGUUGUGCUCAGCCAGCGGUUCGGGGUUGAAAGGGCUACGGAGGCGGAGUGGGUGGAUUCUCCGUUGUAUGACCCGUGGUGUGACUUUUGA